GAUCGACAGACGCGCACUUUUUGUCCUUCUCACGCUGGCUGUGCGCCCUAAACUCGCCCGUUGAGUGAUUUCCGACAAGCCUGUCUGUGCGGCCAGCCCUGGUGAAAGCGCGGUCCGCCCCGAAAGCGCAGCCGCGCCAUGCAGCUGCUGAAUGUGCUAGCUCUCCUUUUCGGCUGCCCAUGCGGCGCCUUCGCCCCGACGACGAGACGGCCCCGGCUCACGCUCAGGUCGACGCCGACGGAAGCCGAGAUCGACGUCGACGCGCUGCGGGACGCCGUCGCCUGCGCCGAGGGCGAUUGCGCGGCCCGCACGUACCACGUCGACCAGCUCAAGUCCACGCUCGAAGCCGCCAUCGGCGACCAGCUCGAGGCCCAGAAGGCCCUGGACGACGCGAAACGGGCGUUACGCGACGGCGAGGCGCUCGACGCGCGGGCGCGCGCCGAGGCGGAGCGCCAAGCGGCGCGGGACAAGGCCGAGGCCGAGCGUAGAGAGUUGGAGGAGCGCCGCGCCGCGGAGGCCGCCGAGCGCGAGGCCGCGGCCCAGGCGGCGCGCGAGAGGGCGGACGCGGAGCGGCGCGCGUUCGAGGAGCGCCGCGCCGCCGAGGCGCAGGCCGCGCGCGACAAGGCCGAGGCCGAGAAGCGCGAGCUCGAGGCUAAGAGAAUCGCCGAUGCGGAAGCUAGGGAAGCGGAAGCGGCGGCCGCGAAGGAGCGCGCCGAAAUCGAACGGCGCGAGCUCGAGGCGAGGAGAAUAGCGGAAGCGGAAGCUCGGGAAGCGGAGGCGGCGGCCGCGAAGGAGCGCGCCGAAAUCGAACGGCGCGAGCUCGAGGCGAGGAGAAUAGCGGAAGCGGAAGCUCGGGAAGCGGAGGCGGCGGCGGCGCGCGAGCGCGCGGACGCGGAGCGGAAAGCGCGCGAGGCCGCGGCGGCCGAGGCGCGCGUAACGGCCGAGCGCGAGCGUGCCGAGGCGGCGGCGCGCGCCGCGGCGGAGACCGCGGCGCGCGAGGCCGAGGCCCAGGCGGCGCGGGAGCGGGCCGAGCGCGAGCGCGCGGACCUCGAGGCCCGGCGCGCCGCCGAGGCCGAGGCCCAGCGCGUGGCGCGAGCCAAGGCGGACGCCGAGAGUGAAGCCAGGCGCAAAGCCGAGGCGGAGGCGCGCCAGGCCGAGAUCGAGGCGAAGCGCGUCGCCGACGCCGAGGCCGCGCGGCUCGCCGACGUCGCGCGGCAAACUAAGGCCGCCGAGCGGCGCGACCGCAUGGACGAGGUCAAAGCGAAGAUCAAGUCGGCAUCACGGAAAGGCAAGGCCGUCGGCCUGCCGGCCAUGCUCGGCGUGAAUUUGAACUUCGGUCCUGACGACGAGGGCGGCGAGCAGGGCCCGAGCGACACGCCGGCGGCGGCGACGCCCGAGCCAUCAACGGGCUACGUCCCCGACGGCCUCACGAAGGAGCAGUACGCCGCGAUCAAAGCCAAAGAACAAAAAUCAACCAAUCUGGGAGCGUGGGGUAGUAAAGUCGGCGGCGCGUCGGGGCCGCAAAGGGGCGACCUCAUGUCGCAGCCCACCAUCUGGACCGACCCGGCGAAGUUCUUCCGGGAAGAUCAAAAGUUGAAAUACGAGGCGGCCCAGUCCGACGCGUCGCGGCCGAACAUCUACGCGUCGGGCGAGAGUUCUUUUGAGCAGUGGCAGUCGAAGCUGAUCAACGACCUCUCGGCGAAGAAGCCUGAGCCGACGCCGGUCGCGGAAGAGGUGGAUCCCGAGGCGGCGGAGGCGAAGAACCAGGAGAUCGUGCAGGCGCUCGGCGCGGUCGCGGCGGCGGGCGCCGGGGCGCUCGUGGUUGCCGGAGUUGUGGAGGCCGAAGCAGCGAUAGCGACCGGUACCGCGGCGGCGGCGGUGCUGGGCACGGUCGUGUCGUCGGCCGUGGCCGCGAAGCAAGCGGCAGAUAAUGAUGAUGAGGGGGAGAAUAAGGAAUAG